GGCCUUGGCACGAGUACGCGCUUUAGUUGCGAUUGGCCCGGUCCGGUGAGACAGUUCCGCUGCUGAGACUUGGAAGCAAUAGGAACGCAAUGUACCGAGCCCUGUACGCUUUCCGCUCCCCGGAGCCCAACUCGCUGCUGUUCGGAGCCGGAGAGAGCUUCCUGAUCCUGGAGAGGUCCAAUCAGCACUGGUGGCUGGCGAGUCGCUGCAGCAGCGGGGAGACGGGGUAUGUGCCGGCUUCUUAUUUGGAGAGGAUCCAGGUCCAAGAACAAGAUCAGGUCCUGCAGUCAAUUGACAGGGCGAUUGAAACAAUCCAUAAUGCAGCUAUGAAGAAUGGAGGGAAAUACAACCUGGAGCAGCGAGAUGUACUGCAGAAGCUUAUACAUCAUCGUAAAGAGACACAAACCCGAAAGAACCACUCACCCUCCGCUCAUUCUAAUUCCAUCACCACUUCCUCCAGUGAGCACCACUUGGAGUCGGCACGGCAGUCUAAUGGGGUUUGCCGGACAGAACGCCACAUGAGCUUGCCGAACCCAGAGUUCCAGCUAGAGGACGCCAGCCUUUAUCAGAUUCCCCCACAGCCAAGACGAGCUGCUCCGGUCACUCCUCCGCCGCCUGAGAAACAGAAGAAUCUGCAGAAUGCCCUCUGUACUCAAAAUAUCAUUGACAAGUCAUCGAGGUCUAUAUCCAAUGCUUCCAACCCAAGCAUAUCAUCUCUUGACACACUGUGCACCUCAUCCACAGACUCCGUUCAUAAUACCACAACUUCCAGUCCGUGCAAUACUCCACCCCCUGUGCCUACAAGGAGUGCACAUACUAGAGUGUCCCAGGGUGUGGACCCCAGUAGCACUUCAGCCACCACUGUUCCCAAUUCCCACACUAAGCAGGCUGCCCCAGGGCCCCCUUCACAAAUACAAAAUCCAUGUGAGAGUGGCCAGACUACACAAACUAAACGGAACGCUCCAGCUCCACCUCCAAAUAUUGAGGCUUUUAAUUCUAUUAACAGUGAUACCAAAGUUAAAGCCUCUUUGAAAUCUGUUGCACCUGAAUCUCCAACCCAUGAUGCUGUAACCGUCCCGAAAACAAUAGGUGCAGAGCUUAUUGAACUGGUCCGCAAGAACACCAACCUUAGCUAUGAACUUUCCCGGGUGGCCAUUGGCGUGAUCGUCGGCCACAUUCAGGCUUCUGUCCCAUCCACUGCUUCAGCCAUGGAGCAGAUCUUGGUCACUCUGGUUGAAAGCAAGGAUUCGGGCGCGGGAUUACCCUCAGGGCAGGUUUGCCACGAUGAGCAGCGCCUGGAAGUGAUAUUUGCCGAUCUGGCCAGACACAAGGAUGAUGCCCAGCAGCGGAGCUGGGCCCUGUAUGAAGAUGAAAAUGUCAUUCUCUGCUACCUGGAGGAGCUGCUGCUGAUACUGACAGAUGCUGACCCAGAAGUGUGCAAGAGGAUGUGCAAGAGGAACCAUUUUGAGGCCGUUCUAUCCCUGGUGGCUUAUUAUCAAAUGGAGCACCGAGUGCCAUUACGGCUGCUGCUGUUGAAGUGUUUCGGUGCCAUGUGUAAUCUGGAUGCAUCAAUUAUUUCUGCGCUUGUUAACUCCGUCCUUCCCAUGGAGCUAGCGCGGGACAUGCAGACACAUACUCAGGAACAUCAGAAGAUGUGUUACUCUGCACUGGUUCUAGCAAUGAUCUUCUCCAUGGGAGAGCCUCUUCCUUAUCAUCAUUAUGAGCAUCUGAAUUCCCAGUUUGUCCAGUUCCUGCUGGAAGUGAUCGAAGACGGCCUGCCUUCCGACAUUACCGAGCAGUUACCUGACCUGUUUAUCAAUGUGCUCUUGGCUUUCAACUUGCACAUACCAGUUCCUGCAAACAACGUCAUCAUGAAAACCUUGGUCAAGCAACCCAAUGUGAAGGUGUUUACAGAAAAGUUGCUGCUAAUUUUUAACAGAGGGGACGACCCAGUUGCUAUCUUCAAACAUCAGCCUCAGCCCCCGCACUCUGUUUUGAAGAUCCUCCAAGACGUUUUCGCCAGCAAGGACACGGCUCAUCUCUUUUACCACACAGACAUGAUGGUUAUGAUCGAUAUAAUUGUGCGCCAGAUAGCCGACCUGUCACCGGGGGACAAGCUACGGAUGGAGUACCUGUCACUUAUGCACGCCAUCAUUCGCUCCACCGAUUACCUACAGCACGCGCACCGCCAAACCGACCUGCAUGGGAUUCUGCAGCGCAUCCUAUCGGAAGAAGAGGCGGAGCCUCAUUGCCAGAUGGACAAAAUAAUAAUCAUGGAAAUAUACAAGGAGUUCCCUCAGAUGGCAGAUCAGGCUAGCUAAAUCAUUACUAACUGGAUUCAAUUAGAUAAUAGGCCUGUCUGUACUAACCACAUUAAUCCUCUUCUCCUGUGUCCCUGACUAGUGUGUAGGGCCGGGUCUCUAACAUACUGUCCUUUAACUAUUGCUGGACUACGGCUCCUGGAAAGGGCCAACAAAGAAUGCUGGGAAAUGUGUCUCUGCCUCAGGCAGAGGGAAACAGGUUAGGCGUCUCUUGCAUAGAGUGUUUACAUCCCACUUCCUACUAUUGCUCCUCUAAUGAUUUUUAUCUCAAUAUUAAAACUUUUGUUUAAUUACAGACAGUUAGUGCUGCUAAUGUCACGUUAGGGAAUUGUGCUGAAAAUGUCUUUAAAAGGGAUCGGCAGUGUUUGGCCCUCUGGUUAUAUCUCCCAUCCAGAUUGCCUGCCCCUGCUCUAAACUACAGUCAUCUCAUAUAUAAACCAAACGGGACCUGUCAUGGCCAGGAAAGGGAACCCAAACCAUAGUGGAUGUUUAAUAAAUCUGUUUUUUCUCCCCACAAACAUGGUUUUAUUUUCUAUUACAAUUGGUUGUUGGCCCUGAGCAUACUGUAGCAUACUUAUUCAAGUUAACCGUAUUGCCUUGGGUCAACCAACUGCUCCUGCUGUCUCUCUGGGAUGCACCCAGACUCCCUGAGGUGGAUAUAUUUAUUAACACUGGAGAUAAACAUCACCGGGGAUAUCGCCCAUAGCAACCAAUCAGAUGUUUGCUUAUGUUUUUUAUCACUCGUAGGUGACUGUUCAAAUCUAAUUGCUCAUUGGUUGCUAUGGGCAGCCUUACCAGUGAUGUUUGUCUUCACUGUUAAUAAAUACUCCCCUAUAAGUAAAGGUGGCCAUACUUGGGUAGAUUUCAGCUGCUGAUUCGGGUUCUUCAGACCGAUUUGGCAGCUUAUCUGCCUGUGUAUGGGCCUACCCGACCGAUAUCUGGCCUAAAAUUGGGCAGAUCUUGAUUCUCUGCCGGAUCGGUACCAGAUUGGCUCGUUGACACAGUCCUUAGUUUGAUGCUGCCUAUGCCCACCGUGGGCAUAUUGGGAGAAGAGUCGCUUGUUUGGCGACCUCACCAAAUGAGCGGAUCACAGCGUAUAUGGCCACCUGUAGUUGGCAGCAGUGAGCAGACUAAUUGGCCAUUCAAGAUCUCAAAUUGUAUAAGGAAAAACAGUAUACACUUUUUUAAAAUUAGUUUUUUGUUUUUUUUUUUAACAUCCACUAGAGUUUUUGCAGAGUUAUUAUUAUAAUGACAGCUCCCACUGAGUAAACAGUAUUACACAGGGAAUAGUUUCCCGCUAGGCCGAUGUGAGCCCUUGCAAUUAGGGAUAUCUCCCCUUAUAUCUGCUAGUGGGAAACCAAGUCCCUGCAGUGUAUCCGUAAAGCAUCUGCCAAGGAAAUACUGCACGGAGAGUUAGUGCUGACAGCGGGAACCUUUUCAAAUACUUUGGGGUGACCGUUCCUAUUACGGGGUACCGUUUGCUGCUGUCCUAUCCCAUAAUCAGAUUUCACUGACAGAGUGGGGAACUGACCAGAGCGCUACAGGCUCUUCAUAAAGUAUAAUUAUACAUACGUCUAUUUUCUCUUGAGCAGAAUGCGCAUCCGCCAGAAAGCAUGGGUCACGGAAUGUACCACGUUGCUCCCUGGGCAGACUCUAAACCCCCCCACACAUCUAUUUAUUUUGAUAACAUAGAUAUCUUAAAGUAUUUUCAAUAGUGUGUAUCUGCUGGAGAUUGACUUUAUUAAUAAAGAUUCAACUAAAAUUAAAAAAAUACUGAAUAUUA